UUCCGUGGAAAAAAAUGCCUUGACUUCAACUUUCAAAAACGGAAAGCGGUGCGGUAGGUCUACCGUUCUAGAAUGUCAAAAUAUCUUCUGCGCAUGCUUGUACCGUAUACCGUUUACCGCUUUUUGUUUUCCGUCCAUACCGUGAAGAGAAAAUCCACCUCCAAAUGUUAUUACAUAGCGUAUACAAGCGCGGUUUCAGGAAUUUUUUUGGGGAAGGGUGCAAGUUCUUAUUUACCGAGUACAUUUUGGCAGCAUUACGCUACGUUAAUACAAUCAGAAUAUUUUAGUAUUGUUGGUAUAAAAAUUUCAGCUAUUACAAAGCAUCUUCAGCUGUAAAACUAUUAAUUUUAUAAAAGUUCUAAAAUAAGCUCUCAUAUUAUCUUUUAACGUAGUUACUAAAUCUUCAGAAACAGUCAUCGAACUCUUCUGUUCUCCAACUGGAGUCUGGACCCACUUCUUGGUAACAUAGCAAAUCUAAGUUUUGUGAAAAGUUUUACUCGCACGAAAUUAGCAUAAGAGAUUCCAGACAACCCUGAAGCAUUGUGCUUCACAGCAAUGACAUGCUGGCAGGGGGGCAAGGAGGGGCAAUUGCCCUGCCGAUCAAAUAUCAAGGGCGUAGCGAGGAAGAUUCACAUAAAAUAACAAAACAAUAUUAAAGGCAAAAAGAACAAUAAUCACCUUGCAACAUACCACCACUUCUUUCUUACUAACCUUGAUGUGCUUAACAACGAUCGUUAAACACCACCUCAAGAUUGCACGAUAAAUCUAAAUGAUUUUUACACAAGUAGAUACCAGGGGCGUACCGAGGUAGCGAGGAGGUUUUUGAGGAACCCCCCGAUAAUGUUGGGCUUUUUGAUAUCUUUGAAUGUUUUUUAAAAAUUACAUGAAGGACAGUGUUUUCGUCUGAAAAUUUUAAAAAGAUUUAUCUACCCGUCAAUAUCCCCAUUUUACCAACUAAAUCAAUUUUACCGACUAAGACACAAAUGCCUAUUCUUGUAUGAAAAGUAGCAAGGCGUUAUGAAUAAAAAUCGAAAACUGCACAGAAUUCACACCAUUUUCGGGUACCCGUGUAUGAAUUUAAUGAAUAAUGCAAUAAGCGAUAUUGAAACUCCCAGAUCUGUGAUAAAGAAGUGAUCCAUUAUUCCCAGUACACAAAUAAACCAUGUUUUGUUAACAAUAUGCGCUAUAUACAAUUUAAAUGUUUCUCUGUGAUUCUGACUUGCCACAUUUCCUUCAGGAAAUUGAUACCACUAAUCUUAGGUUACGUUAAUUACUUCGGUGUUUAUAAAAUGGCGCUUCAUAAGCAACGUCCUGAGAUCACUUGAAAAAGUUGAGAGAAACAUCUGCUAUUCUUUAAAAAAUAAAUACAAUAAAUUCUAUCUUGUGGUGUUAAAACAAAGGGAUAAUAGAACAAUCAGACUUCACUUUUAUUGAAAGCAACGACGGCUUUUUAUCAGCGAAUAAUACGAUUUUCGAUUGCUGUUAAAAAGACCUUCAUGGGAAUUCAAAUUCAGAGGCAUUAUUUUAUAAACUGAGAUGCUGUUUAUUCGCAAAGCUCAGGAUUGAAAAGAAAGCUGAAGUUCUGAAUAAUUACAGUCUUGAAGUAUCCCUGGUAACAGUGGUAACAAAAGACUGUAUACAGUAUCGGAGAUAAUAACGAGAAUAUUGUGCUCUCCAAGGGAAGAUAAGGUGGUGGUAGAGAAGUUUUCGCAAGCAAGUGGACGGAUGUUCAGAACACCAAAAUUAAUCAGCUGAAAGGCUUUACAAUGCAAUGUGAAGAAAGAAUGUCUAAGGAAAGCGAGGUAUACAAAAAAUCUGUGAUCGAUAUUCAUAUCAAGUUUGACCCAGAAAAAGAAAAGGAGUUUAGAGCCAUUUUGGGUGAGAAGUUUGGGCUGAGGCCAGCGUGCAUUAAAAAUGUACCAGAAAUUUUGGAUAAAGAAGGAAUUCUGGAAAAAGAUUUUGAAAAAAGAUCAACAGAGGUAAAAAAAUUUCGAAAACAGUCUCAGAGUGCACUCAUCUCACCCUUGUUAAACAUGGCCUUGGUGAAAAAGACAAAGAAAUUUCUCAACUCUAAAAAGCUUACCAAGCAGGAGUUGAAGCCUAUUCAAAAAUUUCGCUCGGUUGCAAGGCUAGUCCUUGUUUUUGUUGCACUGUCAACUCGUUGGAAAAGAUAUAAAAUUUCUACGUCAAAAAGAGGAAGAAUAAAUUCAACUGAAUCAUCAUCAAGCAGAUAUUACGAAAAAGAUCUGAUGAAACCCAGCGAAGAAAAAUCAAUUGGGAAAUUAGACUCAAUCAAAAACGGAAGAAACAAAGGAAGGGUGUCAGAUGACAUCCAGCUUAUAUUGCGAAAAUCACCGGACCAGAGAACAAACGAGGACUUAGCCAAGGUGCAAAGAUUUUGCAGAAAGAUUGGCGUCUUGUCGAUUUUUCCAGUGGAAAGGCAAACUGAGGUUGCUCAAAGGUUAGGAUAUGAGUGCUACGAUAAAGGCAGAGUGCUUAGCAUUCAAGGACGGGAUCCAAUCCGAAUUUACUACAUCCUUGGUGGCAAAGUCAAUAUGAUAAAGUCAGUGGAAUUAACAGAUGGAAUAAGGAAGCGUUACUUUGGGGAAAUUCGUCAAGGAAACUUGACUGAGGCAAAUGAAGUGGAGCUAACGAAACCACGAGCAUGUAGCCUCGUUGCGAAGUGUUUUGUAGAAGUGCUUGUUAUUGAAAAAGAGGAUUUCAUGGAUCUUAUACACUGUAAACCUGAAUUCGAAGACACAAGUGGUGUUUUUCUAAAGUCGUUGCCGAUUUUUGAAACAUUUCAAUUUGCAUCUAUAGAGAAAGAAACCAUAAGAACAAAGUAUUUUCCGAAAGAUACCAUUGUUGUUAAGGAUAUCGAGAACACGCCAUAUUUCUAUGUUGUAAAAUCGGGUGCGUGCAAAUUGCUGCAGAGGUACAAAAUUGAUGAAGAGGGUGUUCCAUUAGUCAAAAAAGGCUUUCUUCCCAAAAUGGACAGGGCAUCGUUUUGUCAUGGCAACUUGACAUCAGAAUCAACAGAUGAACAUGAAACUCUUAAAGAGGCAAAGAAACUGUACGAAGAUGUUUCAACGUUUUUGAAUGGCACAAAAGAGUGGAAGCAAGAGCAAGCAAAAAGAGCCAGCGUUUCAAUUGGAUGUCCACCGAAAUCGUUACAUCUUACAGUACCGCAGCUGCGAGACCAAAAAGGAAGAAGGAAAAGAAAAGCCCUUCCUACACUUGGCGAGUUGGUCUUUGGUAGACAGGACGUUGAUUCUGGAACAAUCUCGAGUUUAGAGGACAGUAAGCAAAAGGGUGAGAUGGGCCUCAAACUUCCAUUUAUAACCAUGAACGCUUCAACAGCAUCUUCAACCUCAUCGGCAACGAAAAACAGCCCCAGAAAUUCUAUUCAGCUCACGACAUUGCUUCCUCAAAGAAAGCGGCAAAACAGAGAAGCCUAUUUCCAAGUUGGUAGUCUGAAAGCGGGAGACAUUUACGGUUUAGAGUCAAUUUCUGAACAAGCUGUGAAAAUUAUUCAGCCAGAGAUUAACAUGCAUGUACCUCAAAUAACCAGGUCGAAAGCAAUAGAAACUGUCGUCGUGAGUGAGGGCAGUGAGUGCAUCUUAGUCGACAAGAAACUAUUUUUAAAGAAAGCUGACUUCUUCACACUUUCUAGAAUUGCAACAAUGGACCAAGAAAAUUCACCUUCGAACGAUGCAAGUCUGCAGAUUGAAAAAACGAGAGGCUGGGAAAGCUAUAAAAAGAACCUUUUAGAUGACAUAUUAAAUCAGUCGAAGCCAAGGAAGAAAAAGCUCCAAAACCCAUGAUUAAAACGGCUGUGUGAACAGCAAUAGCAUAAGCCAAGAAAAAAGUAAUAUCAGUGCUAAAAAUAAUAUUACCAGGAAGAAACUGCGUUAAGGUGGUUUAUGUUCAUGGCAAUGAAAUGAUCAACCAUCGAUGCAUUAUGCAGGCUGUCAUUGUAAUUCUUAUUUGAUUCAUAAACGCAAUUGGGCUUGAGGUAUCUAGCUUGUAUCUUCUCGACGAAAAACUAGCUUCUAUACGAUUUUAUCGAUUGUGAAACUUCAUAUAAAAUUUUAUCAUAACUCUAACGCUAAUUUAUUAUGGUAACUAGUAGUAUACGCAUUAAAAGGUAUUCAAAGCAUCAUUUUAUGAAAGUAACAGAGCUCAAGAUUGACUAUGAAACAUUCGUUGAUAUAAAAUUGCUGCAUGUUUUAGUAAAGUAUACUGAUAGGGCAAAAGGCAGCUUUCAUGCAAAGACGACAAAAACGAUCCAAGAUACGAAUCUUUCUAAGAAUUACAUCUGAAAAUAGCUUUGAAAAAAGCAAACAUUUUACGACAUACUAAAAGCUUUUUCGUCUGACACUCCUCAGAGCAAAAACGUCAGAAUAAGGUUCCGAAAGAACACGAUGGAAAAUAUAUACCCAGUUGUGGAUCGAAAUAGGCCAAUCAGAAAAACGCAAGCACAAGACCGGUAUAGUUGACCAAUCAGUGCCGCGAGCCUAAAGAAAAAUUACCAAUGGAGUCCAAGAGAGAAAACGAACUCCUUUUGUCUACACAAUGGCGGCUUUUUCAUUUUUAUGUAGAUUGACUCCAAAACUGCUAGAUGGAAGGACGACCGGGCUCUGCCAAUUAUCCGAAACAUGUCGUCAUUAUAGAGUUUUGC